CUGUGCCAGUAACGCCGCCCCGUCCGUAAACAAAUAGCAGGCAGCGCCACCACGCGGCAGAGGCGAGACAGACGCGUACCGUACUGCACUCGCGCCGCGGACUCGAUAGGACCCGGACCCCGCAAUUAACUACCGAGAUUGGCUCACAGCGAGAUUUACUUAUCGAGUGUAAUCGAGAUACUUCUCGAUUUAACGCUGUGUUGUGGUCGCGUGUGAUGUGUUACGGUGAUCAGGAGGAAUAAGAAUUCUCACAUGGGCUGAGAUGAACUGCGCGUAUUAUCAGCAGCACGGGGGCCCGCACCCGGUCCCCCACCAUGUUAAUAACGGUUACUUCAACGAGGUUAGUAUCGACCCCGUGUCCACGGAUCACAAGGACAUGAAGAUCUUAGAACAUCCGAGCUUACGCGGUACGCCCCUGGCGAUGCUCGCGGCCCAGUGCAACAAAUUGUCAAGUAAAUCUCCGCCUCCGCUAGCAGAUGCUGCCGUGGGAAAAGGUUUUCAUCCCUGGAAGAAAAGUCCUGGUGCACAUUCACCACCAAAUGCUGGAGCUAUUGCUCGCUCACAGGCUCCAUCGUGUGGGCCAUACGCACGACCACCGACAUCUUGCGCUGCCGCGCCAUCAUAUGGCAAUGAUCUGUAUUUUCCGUCCUCAGGAGAUCAACUUCUGGGCAAAAGUGAAUCUAGUGCUAGCCUCGGAUCUAUGUAUUCUAGACACCCCUACGAAUCUUGGCCUUUCAAUGUUGGUGGAGGUGGUGGGAGUAGUGCUUUAAAAGCAGCAGAGAUGAGUGGAGUGGGCGCCGUGGGUGGAACUUGGUGGGAUGUUCACAGUGGUUGGCUAGACGUUGGUGGACAAAUGGCCAACUAUGCUGGACAAGAUUAUUCCCAACUUACACAUUCCCUCUCUGGAGGUGCACAUUUAUUGCCACCCGCGCCACACCUUUUGCAAGAUGCCUACAAGUCGGUUUUACCGACACAAGGUUCGUUUGGACUACACGGUCCGGGAUCACCAGCUCCACCUGCACAAGCGCCCUCGCCGCGAUCGCAACGCCGCUACGCCGGUCGAGCUACUUGUGACUGUCCAAACUGUCAAGAAGCCGAAAGGUUAGGCCCCGCGGGCGCACAUUUGCGAAAGAAAAAUAUACACAGCUGUCACAUACCGGGUUGCGGUAAAGUUUACGGCAAAACCUCACACCUUAAAGCACACCUUCGUUGGCACACCGGCGAACGACCGUUUGUCUGUAACUGGCUAUUCUGCGGGAAAAGGUUUACUCGAUCCGAUGAGUUACAAAGACAUCUCCGCACGCACACCGGCGAAAAGAGGUUCGCAUGUCCGGUGUGCAAUAAGCGGUUUAUGCGUUCAGAUCACCUAGCGAAGCACGUAAAAACUCACAAUGGUGGCAAGAAAGGCAGCUCGGAGUCGUGCUCGGAUUCAGAAGAAAACAGCCAAGGCGAGGGCGGAACGGGCAGUCGGUCCCCUGAGCAUGGACUUGACGUGAAGCCUAGCGCGCUAGUGUGACGGGGGCGCACGGCCCUCGCCGUGCCGCCCUACUCAACGGCGAUCCUGUGAUACUAAUUCGCCGUGAAACAUGAAUACUUGUAAAUACCACAUAUCAUCACAUUGUGUAAUGUUAAAAUACUGGACUUGUAAAAUUAAUUUGCGGUGAUAACAUCGCUGUGUACGUAUUUGUUUAGAGACUUUAAGCGCUGUACAGUUUAGUUAAUAGUAAAUAAUUAUCUCAUAUUCUAGAUAAAUAUUGUAAUUUUAGUUUAAGUAGAGUCACUCAUUUAGUUUGGAUAUGCUGUUUAUUUAUUUGUUAAAACAAUAUUUGACAGUGUGAAAAAGCUUGUUUAGUGAGAAAUAUGAAAGUAUAAAUUGUAACUUGAUUGACAGAGGUCUUGAAAGUAAUUAGCACCAAAAUUUACUUAAAGUACUAAUUAUUAUAGAAAUAGAAAA